UUCAUUUUUAGUGUAGUUAGUAAAGUUUGUUUAAAAAAUGCGUCAUUUGUACGCUUUUUCGUUUAUUGCUUUAACAAAUUUUGCAUCUUUGUUGCCGAUUUUAUUAUAUCAUAAGGAGGGAUCUCAAGAUGUAAUUCAACAAAUUCAUUUACAAGAAUUACCGUCAAUUAACAGUAAUUUAACUUCAACCGAAAAUUUUAAUUCUGCAAAUUAUGAAAACUCAAAUAUUUUCGCUGUAAUUUUUUUGGCGUUAAUACCGUUAAUAAUUAAAUGGUCAGCGGAUGUUUACGAACCUAGAGAUUGAUAAAAUAUAAAAUUUAAUUUAGUGAUUUACUGUUAAAAUUGAUUUAACAAUUAAUUUAAUCAUUUUUACAUUAAUAUCUAACCUUCAAUCGUAUUGAAACAAUUUUUUUAAAUGACUUGAAGUCAUUAAAUUGCGUGUGCGAUUCUGGCCUUUGGAACUAUUUUUUAUAAAUACUCUAUUUCUUUAAAAUUUCAUUCAGUGCUAUAUCUACACAAGGUGUAUUUAGAGUCAUUAAAUUGCGUGUGCGAUUCUGGCCUUUGGAACUAUUUUCUCAACUAUUUUUUAUAAAUACUCUAUUUCUUUAAAAUUUCAUUCAGUACUAUAUCUACACAAGGUGUAUUUAGAGUUUAAUUUUUAUUGUAAACAUUUUCAAAACAUAAUGCGUUAUCAAUACGCUUAUUCUUUUAUUGCUUUAACAAAUUUCGCUUCUUUAUUACCGAUUUUAUUGUAUCAAAAUAAGGAAGGAUCUCAAGAUGUCGCGAGAAAAUUACAUGAAGUACCUUCGUUUCAAGAUAAUUUAACAAUGUCAACGGUAAUAAUUAAUAAUUUACCAAGUUUUGAAAAUAUUAUAGAAGUUAAUGAAGAAAUCGGAAAAAUUAAAGUAUCUUCAGUAAAUUAUCAAAAUUCAAAUAUUUUCGCUGUGAUUUUCUUGACAUUAAUACCAUUAAUAGUUAGAUGGUCUGCGGAUGUAUACGAAUUGAGAGAAUAAAAUUUUAUUUUAAUGAGUA